GGUACGCUGUUUGAUCUGUUGUCGCUUGUCUCUCAUCUCGUUGAGGAUCCGCUGUUGUAGGAACUUCUACCGAGACCCAACCUUUCGCAUCAUGAGCGACUCUGCUGUUCUAGUCAAGACACGUAAAUUCAAGAAGAAUCCUCUUCUUGCACGAAAGCAGUUCAUUGUGGACAUUAUCCACCCUGGACGAGCAAAUGUGCCAAAGUCGGAGCUUCAAGGAGUUGUCGGAGGCAUGUACAAGGCCGAUCCCAAACUGACUGUAUUGUUUGGUUUCCGAACCAAGUUUGGAGGUGGCAAGUCUACCGGAUUUUGUUUGAUUUACGAUAACGAAGAGUCUAUGCGAAAGUUCGAACCAAAACACAGGCUUAUCCGUCAAGGCCUUGUGGAGAAGAAGGAACAAUCCCGCAAGGCAAUUAAGGAAGCCAAGAACAAGGCCAAGAAGAUCCGAGGUACCGGUGCCUCUAUUGCCAAGCACAAGGCCAAGCGUGCCGCAGCUGAAGAUUAAGACCUUUAUAAAGUCCACUGUUGGAUUUCUCAC